AUGUUCCAGCCUUAUGACCUGACACCAUUGGACCAUGCCGGGCCCGUGGUGCAUCUCAACCCGACUCUCUCGUUUAAUUUGACAGGCAAGAAUCGUUUGGAGGUUCUUCGACGAGCGGAAGAUGCUCUUGAUCGUUUACUCUCUGAAUUUCCCGUUCUGACUGGGAUGGUCGUGCCGUCUACCCACGCCGAUGGUAAAAGCAAUGCCUUCCACGUACGGCCUGCCAGUGCGGACGAAAUUGAAGAUCAGCCUUUUUUUAUCGCUCAUAACCAUGUGGAGCACACCCCUCUUACUCUGAAUGGACGUUUCAACCCUGCCCUGACGCCGUUCCCAAUCCUGAGCCCGCCACGUAGCCCUUCUCCUGUGCUACGAUUGAAAGCAAACGUGAUAGGAGAUAGGCUACACUUGGUUUGGUGCUUUGAUCACCGGGUUAUGGACGGCCUCGGGUUUCUUACUUUGCUCACUACGUUUGCCGCAUUCUGCCGUGAUCCAGAUACAUCGGGGCGAUUGAUCACGACCCCACAUAAACAAGAGAGAGCAAGACAGCACAUUGAUGACAUUGCAUCUACAAGUGAGCGACUAGGUCUCAGUUGGACGCGUUUCCCUCAUCCACCAAGCGAAGAUGAAAUGUUCAAAGAUCCCAGCCAAGUGCCGAUCAGUUCUUACCAUGUACUCGAUGCCCGGAAGAUAAAGAUGCUGUACGAUGCCUGUACAGUGAUCCUAUAUUCUCUUCCUGAGCGGUACAGGAGAGGUUUUCCGGAUGUUUUCUUCCCACCGAGUCUGGUCGUCACCGCGCUAGUGGGCUUUUGUGGCAGCCGCGCCCGCUCGCGAGCUUUCCCCGACCAACAGAAGCAACCAUCCAACGUUUUCGUCGCGGCAAAUAUUCGCAAGGCAGCCGAAUUACCAUCGUCAUAUCUCGGGAAUGCGAUCUUGGCCGUGGAAAGUGCGUGUGAUAGCGCCGUGCCACCUCCGCGUGAAGCCUUAGAAAAUAUCCAUGUGCCAGGGCCUCUUGGUACAGCAGAACCGGAGGAUAUCUGGCGGAUUUGGAACACUGCCCGAAACCUUCAGCAACAAUUCAAUCGUCUUGACAGUCAUCGAGUGCAAGGCAUGAUCGCCACUAUGUCUGACAAGCGUGAUUGGAGUUCAUUCCGACCUGGGUUUGGAGUGAAUAUGCACGUGUCUGACAUUAGAGCAACUUCGCUUUAUGUGAAUUAUGGUCCGCUCGGAAUUCCCGAGUUAAUAGACCUGCCUUUUGAUGAUGUUCCUGGCGUAUGCUGGAUAAUGCCCCCUCAUCCGUCCGAUCCUCCAUCGUCAUAUCCUUGUUGGAGGCUGCGAAUGAUCUUGGAACGAACGGCGAUGGAGUGUCUAUCCAAUGAUCCCCUUUUCCAAUGGGUGACAACUCCGAGCCCAGCUUCCAGAAGCGCCAAACUUUGA